CUUCCUCUCCGCCAUCGCCAGGUUGUUCAUCAUUCAGCAACUCAGCUUUCAAUUCUCUUUCACUGAACAGUCGAACCGUUUUGGAGCUUCUACAAAUUCUUCUCCAAUGGAUUCUUGGGAAUGCUUCAGCAUUUUCUCGCUUUAGCAUUCCAAUCUCUUGACAUGUAUUCUCUCUGAUAUGUAUCACAGACUUGGCGCAAACCGCCUCGUCUUUCGAGCUAGUAUCACCAAGUGCGUCAAGGUUGGUCUAAUUGAUGAAGCCAUACGGAUUUUCGAUGAGAUGACUCAAUCCGAUUGUCCUGUAACUAGCAGAGACUACAAUCGCUUCAUUGGUGUUUUGAUUAGCCGCUCACGUUUCGAUUUGGCGGAAAGCUAUUACUCAAGAAUGAUACCACAGGGUUUUUCUCUUACCCCAUUUACUUAUUCCAGGUUCAUUUCUGCUUUAUGUGAAAUUAAGAAUUUCGGGCUUAUUGGAAGGCUUUUGGAAGAUAUGAAAAAACUUGGAUAUCUUCCUGACAUUUGGGCAUUUAAUAUAUAUUUGAAUCUCUUAUUCCGCGAGAACUUGUUAGAAUUGGCUCUUGAAUUUUAUGAUGAAAUGGUCGCGAAAGGAAGGGAACCUGAUGUUGUAACAUACACUAUAAUAGUUGAUAGAUUGUGCAAAGCCAAACAAUAUGAUAAAGCCGUCGAGUUUUGGCGUUGUAUGGUUAACAAGGGGCUUAGUCCAGACAUGAAAGCCUGUACAGCUCUCGUUGUUGGGCUCUGUGAUGGUGGAAAGGUCGAUUUAGCUUAUGAGCUUACGGUUGGUGAGAUGAAGGGUCAGAUGAAGUUCAACAACUUGAUUUUUAAUUCUUUGAUGAGUGGGUUCUGUAAAUCUGGCCGGAUCUCCAAGGCACUGGCUAUCAAAUCAUUUAUGAGUAAACAUGGUUGUGAGCCAGAUUUGGUUACCUAUAAUAUUUUGCUGAAUUUUUUCUGCGAUGGGCUGAUGUUAGAGUUGGCAGGAAAGUCUAUGAAAAAGAUGGAGAGGAUAGGGAUGGAGCCUGAUGUGUAUAGUUACAAUCAACUUCUUAAGGGGCUGUGCAAAGCUAAUAGGCUGGAUAAGGCAUAUAAAUUGAUGAAUACAAUGUGGGAAAAAGGGCUGUGUGAUACUGUUUCAUACAAUACUGUGAUAGGUGCAUUAUGCAAAUCAUUGGCAACUAGAAAAGCAUACAGGAUGUAUGAGGAAAUGGGCCAGAAAGAUGUUGCUCCAGAUGUGGGAACAUUUGCUACUCUUAUAAAAGCAUUUCUUAUAGAAGGCAGCCCCCAUAUAGCGAAAAGGCUUCUUCAAAAAAUGACACAGACAGUUCUGAUACCCGAUCUCAUAUUUUAUACAACAGUUGUAGAUUACUUUUGUAAGACAGGGAAGAUUGAAAUGGCCCAAGGUGUCUUUCGUGAUAUGAUAGAGAUAGGAAUCUCCCCUGACGUGGUUUCAUAUAAUGCGCUUAUAAAUGGGCUUUGCAAGGCCUCCAAAGUUAGUGAGGCCAUGUUACUAUAUGAGGAAAUGCAAAUUAGAGGAUGCUAUCCUGAUGAGGUAACUUUCAAACUGAUAAUUGGAGGUCUUUUACGCGAAAAGAAACUUUCUUUAGCUUGCCAGGUCUGGGAUCAGAUGAUGGAGAAGGGCUAUACACUUGACAAAUUUGUAUCUGAGACUCUCAUUAAUGCUAUUCGGUCAAUGGAUGCUGGUUAACCAUGGAACUAGUUUGAAUCAAGUGGGCCUCUUAAAGAUAUAAAUCAUAUUUUGAUGCAAUGCGAUGUGGUAUCAUCGGGAGAGAUCCAUGGGCAAUUGCAAGAUUCGAUCUUCCUUUCUUGGGGACUUGAACCUGCUCUUUGACUUCUGGUGUUCCAUUCCAUGUUGCAUGCUUAUACAUACGUUUAACCCGUUGGAGUUUUCUAGAGGGGUUGGGUUAUAAUUGUACAUGGAAGUGCAUAAUUUUACGGCAUUGCACCUGUCUUGCGGAAAUUUCCCUGCUGAUGUCGGCGUUCAAUUUCCUACUACCAUCCACCCCAUCUCGGGACUCGUGAUCAUUGCUGAAGUCAGGUUGGGGAAGCCUUGCCCGACAUCGAACCCACCGGGAUCGAGGAUCAAGGACUGCAUUUCAUCACGUCAACGAUAUAAUUUAUAGACAACAGCAAUGCAGUUGUAAUCGAGAUCAAAGUUGAGGCCCUUUCUUGCUAUAAACAAGUUAAAUCUGGGUUACACAUUGUUACCCUUUUUCUUUCCCAUCUUGUUCAAGAGAACUUUUGUUGAGGUAUAUUUCUGGUUAGUUAAAAUUUUGCACCAAAAAAAAAAAAAAAAAGUUCUACAUUUAUAUUUGUAUAUGUAAGAGUUCAUAAAUAUCUAAGGUAUUAUCUAAUUGCAACAAAAAUCCAUGAAUCGAAUUCAUUUAAAUUCAUCGUCAA